AUGGAUAUUGAGGACUAUAUCCAAAGAUUGCUCGAUGCGGGGUAUCUGGGGAAGAGAACGAAAUUCGUGUGUUUGAAAAACAACGAAAUCCAACAAAUUUGCAUCAAGGCACGCGAAGUUUUCUUGCUGCAACCUUCGUUGUUAGAGCUUUCUCCUCCAGUGAAAGUUGUGGGCGACGUGCAUGGGCAGUACUCAGACUUAAUUCGUGUGUUCACGAAAUGCGGGUUCCCCCCACUGACAAACUAUCUAUUUCUUGGAGAUUAUGUCGACCGCGGAAAGCAAUCUUUGGAAACUAUUUUACUCCUUCUUUGCUACAAGAUUAAGUACCCCGAGAACUUUUUUCUUCUCAGAGGUAACCAUGAGUGUGCUAACGUAACACGAGUCUAUGGGUUUUAUGACGAGUGUAAGCGCCGUUGCAAUAUCAAGACGUGGAAGUUUUUUAUUGAUACUUUUAAUACUCUUCCGAUCGCUGCAAUUGUUGCAGGGAAGAUUUUUUGCGUGCAUGGAGGACUCUCCCCAGUUCUCAAUUCAAUGGACGAGAUCCGAAACAUCGCUCGCCCCACAGAUGUUCCUGACUUUGGCCUCCUUAAUGAUUUGCUCUGGUCGGAUCCGGCAGACACAAUAAACGAAUGGGAAGACAAUGAGCGAGGCGUGUCUUAUGUGUUUUCUAAAGUUGCCAUCAAUAAGUUCUUACAGAAGUUUGGCUUUGACUUGGUAUGCCGAGCCCAUAUGGUGGUAGAAGAUGGGUACGAAUUUUUCAAUGACAGGACAUUGGUUACUGUGUUCAGUGCGCCUAACUACUGCGGUGAGUUCGACAAUUGGGGUGCUGUAAUGGGUGUAUCAGAAGAGUUACUAUGUCUGUUUGAACUUCUUGACCCAUUGGACUCUGUUGCUUUAAAACAAGCCAUGAAGAAGGGUAAACAAGAGAGGAAGAAUGCUCUGCUCCAGCUGCAAAAAACUGAGUAG